GUUUCUUGCACAUAAGCGUGCCGCCCCUUGCAGGACUGGAGACACACUGUGCAUGCAAACUGACACCAUAUGCACAAACAGUACAGUUUUGUAUAGACACGUAUCUUUACAAACGCCUUCUGUCCUGGGAAUUUUUCUGCUUUUGAACCCGAGUCGUACUUGACCGUGCGGUGCAGCGCUGUAAGGUACGGGGUUACAACUUUAAGAGUGGGAUGUUCCUCGUAGCAGUGAUAAGAAUGAGGAAACACCAGUAGCUGUGAAUGUAAGCAAAGCUCAAAGCUCACUCGAUCCAGUCCGUGUCCGUAUUCAUCCGUGGACGAUGGGAAAUCACUCACAGUUCAGCGACACGCCAAAUGACAAGGGUGAUGGGACCUCGGCUAAUAUUGCCUUUGUUCUGGUGCCUUUCUUCUUCCUGCUGGGGCUUCUGGGAGUCCUUAUCUGCCACAUCCUAAAGAGGAAGGGCUACCGCUGUACAACUGAGGCAGAGGAAGAUGAGGAGCUGGAGAAAGAGGAGGAAGAAGAGAAAGAUCCAGAAAAAGGUGAUCUGAACGACACCUUCAGUGAAGGCAAUGCUGACACGGUGGGCCAAAUUGUUCACUACAUCAUGAAAAAUGAAGCCAACUCUGAUGCCCUCAAGGCCAUGGUUCAGGACACUAUAGAAUCGGAGGGUGGCCCUGUGACGCCCACAUCUCCGAACACACCCACCAGCCCAGAGAGCCCUGCACUGCCAGGGUUGCCACCCAGCGCAGCCAAACACACCUGCAACCACCUGCACACCAUCGGAGGGAUCGGAGGACAUAAGAACAUCUGCAACCGCUGCAACCAGAAAAAAUGGCCUCUGAUGAGACGCUCAUCCAGCAAGAAACUGGACCGACGCAGUCACAUAGGAGAAGUCACAGUGUUGUCUGUAGGCAGAUUCCGGGUGACAAAGUGUGACCCCAAAUCGGCCCGGGAUAGGCGGACGUUAUUGAUCACUGAGCCCAAUGGUAGUGUCCCCCCCUCACCUGCUAAAGCUGACCCCCCUGAACAAAACACAAGCCCAAAGUCACAGGAGAAAGGAGACAGCGCAAAGUGACAUCUGUAGAGUUCCAGCAGCUUCUCAGGUGACAUUUUAAAAACUUUUAAUCUGGAAGUCGGAAUUCCAAAUAGGACUUAAGAGAGGGAAGACGCAUGACGAGAGAUGUGAUAAUGGAGGAGGAAAAGCGGAUGAUGGAUGCGAAGCCUCCUUUUUGUCAUGUGACACGUCAGUUGUAGAAAGGCAGCAGAAGCCAUUUUAUAAACAUUAACCUGUCACCAUGCCAACACGUCUUAAUCAAACACCCUUGUGUCUUUAUCAGUGGUGGAUGGCUUCAUUUGUGCUUGUUAAUGACUAUGAACGCAUCAAUGUUUAAUCCAACCUGGCGUCGUGGUCGGAGGUUUUUCGCCAUGUGCCUCUUUGGGCUACUUCCAGGAAAUGGGAAGUUUUGUUCCAGUUUUUUUCCUUUUUUCUUUUUAUUGCAAGCUGUGAUAAACACGGAAAACCAGAGCCAUGAAAUUUCUCACUGGUUACAAUCUGGACCAAACGUUUUUCUUAACCUGUUGUCGUCUUAAAUGGACUGGGUUUGAUCUCUUCACUAAAUGCAACUUUUCACCUUUGUGUUUUUAAAGACUUAAAUUCUGUUUUGACAACAUCUUUCUGUAAACCAGUGAAGUUGCAAGUUUAAUCGAUUAAUUUAUCAACCUAGUGCACCUUAACCAACUGGAAGUUUGCUUGGUGAUGUUUGGAACAGAGCACUGCGAUCAAUUCACCAGUCUGUCGAACACUCAGCGUUUGAGAAAUGAUAAAUAUUCUCUAGUUUCAUGAUUCAUUAUAUAUUGCAUGCAUCCACAUCAAAUCUAUAGCUCAUAUAAUAUUAUAAUGUCAGGCGUAUAUAAUAGAUAAGACUGUAUCAUUCACUAUAUUUAAUAUUUUUGUUAUCUUUGGGAAAAACAAUGUAUGGUACCUCAAAAAAAAGUAAAAGUGUCCUUGCUUUAGUGCCAAGCAUAGGCAAAGAGGACUAAAAUAUAGGACUUUUAAUAAUUCAGCGUAUUUUAACAAAAUAAAUAUACAGUUGACUUUUUUUUUUUUUUUUUUGAUGUAUUUUGCCUUUUAUUGUCAAUUUGCCACUGAUUUUGUUUUGCCUUUUUUUUUUUUUUUUUUUUUUGCUCAAACACCAUAAAGGUAGACCUCAAGAUAUCUAGAAGCUUUCUAGUUCAUUGCACAUGUGUUGGAAAGAAUAGCUUAAAUAAAUGUUGCCCGUAGCCUUCCUGUUCAAAUUUUAGUUAAAGGUAUUCAUACUGAAAUAUGAACCUUACAUCUUAAUGUGUACAGAAAUGGUCACUUCAAAGUACUGUCAUUUAUGAAACUGACAAAAUUAAAGAAAUGUUAAAGAUGCAUACACAGAAGGAUUGGAAGAAUUAUAUAGAGUUGUUUAAAGAAUAUGAAUGAGAAUGUACUGUUAUAUUUUACUGUAAGUUUUGUACCCAGAAUUUAUACAUUAAAAAGAUUAAACACA